AUGAACAAUCCAUCAACAGAAGCACCGGCAACAGCUGCUGCGCAUGAAUGGCUCCAAUCCUUCCACCGCAUGGGCGACUCUCUCUCUCCUGAAUUAUGGGUUGAGACUUUCUAUGCCCCCGACUGUACAAUGCAAUUCCUCGGCCAGCCACCAGUACAUGGACACGCGGCCAUCAUCGCGCAUUUCCGAAACCAGUUUGCCCGGCUCGAGAGCAUGAGACAUACUGUACGCCAUGUUGAUGUCACGCAGGAGCGCAUCUAUCAAGAAGCCACGGUCACCUAUAUCGUCAAGGGGGAUCCUGAGCAGCGGCAGAUUGAAGCACAGGGCCUUGCAGUGUUUGGCAAGGGGGUCAGCGAGAGCCAGAUUAGGUUCUUCACUGUCUAUUUGGAUUUGGAGGCGUUACGGGAGAGAAUGAGAGAGGUGCUGGGCUAA